CUUGCCUUUUUUUUUUACCGCACUAUUUAUACCACGUAAUAUUGUUUUGUCCCUCAGCAUAGCCACAAACUAAAAUUCAAAGGAUACGAUGAAAAACCAAAAUAUUGUUUCCUGUGCUUUUGUUGUUUUCCUCUUCAUCUUCUCCCAAACAAUUUCUGGUCGUCUUUUGUUGGAAAACAAACAAGACAAUGAAGGUGGGGUGAAGCUUGGAAAUGAGGUCACCGCAACCGUGAAGUCUGAAUACACUGAUUCUCUAGAGGAGUUGAUGGGGCUGGAGAUAUGUGAAAAUAGAGAUGAAGAAUGCAUGAGGAGAAGGCUCGAUGAAGCUCUUCAUUUGGAUUACAUAUACACGAAAAAAAAGCCACAAAAUUAAACCAUCUACAUCAUAAAAUUAAACCAUAUAGUUAAUGUGUUAUUAGUUUCUUCUGGGCAAUAUUAGGAAAAUUUCAUUUGU